UUAAUUAACCAUAACUUAUAUUUUAAGGUACAGGAAUCCUAGAAUGAUGGCCAAGAAUUAUUAGUUAUUCUAUUGUGACCUAUACCGGUGCUGAAACAGUGUAUAAACGAGUUAUGAUAUUGAACUGAAAAACAAAACACAAAUUUCUAGAUCAUUAAAUUAAUGUGUAAAUGUCGCCAUCAUGGGACGAAUGAAGGACGAUUCUAAGCUUACUGCAUGCUUCCCUGGUCUCCCGCAAGUAAUACUAAAAAAUAAAAAAGCACAAAAAGGUUUCUACUUUUCUAUUUACAUGUUGUAUUGUUUUGUUUUUGUACUAAAACAGCUGUCAACGUCAGCAUGAUGACGUUUAGUCAAUGUAACAUUAAUUUACUGCCCACUGUGUCUCUUGGUUAAACCGCAAACCUAUUGGGGAGAGAAUCUAUGAAAGCAUAUACAUUUUUUCACAAAUUUUAUAAUUCCGUGGCUUAUACAGCAAACUGAAAAAUAGCCUCUUCAACAUCAAGUACAAUACAAAUAUUAAGAAGACAAGAUAUUUGAGCACUACAUGAAAAUACUUGGUUUCAAAUGGGCAGUUGAAAGAUGUCAUAUUCCUCCGCUUUCGGGUGCGUAAUACGCCCUCCUCUAGAAACAAUAGUCCGCUUGGCGUUAACAAAGAUCGAAAAUGCCAGUUAUAUGUAAUGAACAUGACGUACAAAUUAAAAGCAACGUUUACAGUUUAAAUUAUUAUCAUGACUCAAUGUUGUUGAGACAUCCCGCUUUGCUAUUAGAACAAAAACAAUAAUCAAGAUCCGGUAGUACAGACAGGAAGCAAAGAGAUACUUAUGGCGCCCGACUAGAAUGAGGCAACAAUUAUCAGUUAGUAAUUUUUGUACGCUUUAGCCCUACAGCGCUGGAGUAUACGUUUCCACGCUAAAUUACAAGUUAGAAAUGGAUUCAGAGGAGAAUGAGGUGGAGAGCAGUAGUGAUGCAGGCCCCUCAGGGAUGGAGGAGCCAUCUGAGAGUGGCAUGGGUAUGGAGUCAUCAGAGGCAAUGUCUGCAGACAGCAGUGAUGCUGCCGCUUCUCAUCCCCUGGCCCCAGAGUCAGACUGCCAUGUGGGGCAGAGCUCAGAGGGACUCGUGGUGUUUAUUCCAGAAACAAGCUCCAGUACAGACAUCAGAAUUUCAUCAGUCCAUCUCCCUGACUCCUCUUCAGUGGCUCAGUCCACCAGUGUGUCCAGUGUCUCCACAGUGACUCAGUCUCUGCUAGUGUCUGAGUCAGCCCAAGUACUGGUCCACUCCAGUGCAGUAUCUGAAGGGGCCAUGAUGGUUUCUGACUCAACUGCGUCUACCUCAUCAGACCUGGGGUCUGCCAUUGACAAAAUCAUAGAGUCUACAAUCGGCCCUGAUAUUAUGAAUGGAUGCAUACCUGUAACAAGUGCAGAAGAUGGUGGUGCAGAAACAACCCAGUAUCUUAUAUUGCAAGGACCAGAUGAUGGAGCUCCUAUGGUAGCUCACAUGUCGUCUUCAGGUCUGUCCAAUCGUAUAGCCAUAGAAGCUCUUGCUGAAGGUCCCACUUCCACCUGUCUGGAACAGGGGGACCUUCAGAGGAACCUUGAACCUGACCAACCUGACGAUCAGCCUGGGCACUCAGGUUACCCAGAGGACAGCCAGCCCGACCAGCCCCAGCACUCUCACCCCUCCCAGUAUAUGGACUGUAGCACAGAUGGUCCAGACCAAACAGAAGAGUCCUCCUCAUCCUAUGUUGAGUGUUCUGGAGAAGAACCAGAUCAGACAAGGUCUCAGUCAAGCUUUCCUGACUACAGUAGGGACAACAGUGACCAGGACCUGCCUGGAUAUGUGGAAUGCAGUAGAGCAGACUCAAAUCCUACCAGUCAAGGUCACUAUGUGGUAGAGUGCAGUGCUGGAUACCUUGAAUGUGUAGUAGAUGAUGGAGAGCAGCCACAUCAUUCCCGCAGUUACAUUGACAGUAGUGCAGACCAUCGUUCUCCAAUAAAUCGUCUGUAUGAGGCGGAGUAUGUUGGAGAGUGUGUUGCAUCUGCUGACUUUGAGCAACCUGGUUGUUCUCGGUCUGAGGUGAGGAUCGAUGAUGAUGAUGAUGAGGAUGAUGAUGAGCAGAACCAGGAUCCAGAUCAGCCGCAGCACUCCCAACAGCAGCCUCAACAUUCCUGUUACAUGGAGAGUAGCAACGGUCCAGAGACCUCUAUAUACGUUGAUGACAGCUCCUCAUCAGACCACCCUCUGGCAGACACAGCAGGUUUAGGUGAACUUCCUGAAGGACUGGAGAGCAGCGAGAGUCAGCCCGGGCCUUUCAUCAGCAGCAGUGGGACAUACAUGUGCAGUCAAGACACAGAGCAGCAGUGCUCACCCAGACAAGCUGAGGCUCAGGGGUCACAGCAGCCUCUGGUUGAAGGUGGGCUGGUCAGGGAAAUGGAGACAUCAACCGUGGCAGAAGGAACUGGAGUCAGAGCACCAAACCUGGCAGAGCUAGAAGAGAUGAUGGAAGUAGUGAUUGUGCAGCAGUUCAAGUGUAAGAUGUGUCCAUACAAGAGUGCUUCCAAAGACACGCUCAUAAACCACAUGAGAGACAAACACUUUAAACCAGCAGGGGAUCUACCAAAGAAACGCAAACGUGGACGUCCUCCUAAGAGUGAGACUUUAGCCCGUCGUCAGGCAGAGAAGGAGAAAGCCGAGGCAGCAAAAACGAACUCCGCAGAGCCGCGGCAGGCAGAGGAAGAGGAUGAUGAUGUUGUUGAUGCUGGGGCUAUUGAUGAUCAGGAAGGGGAUAGUGACUACAACCCAGUAGAUGAAGACUUGAAAAGAAGAUCACCUGCUGUUCUGAACAAGCCCACUCCUAUAUCAUCCUCUUCACACGGACGUCCUCGACGCAAGGUUGGACGUCCAAGGAAGUACAGUUCUUCAGAGGAAGGACAUAAUAACAGCAAAGAAGCAGAAAGUCUCGAUAAAAAUCCCAGAAUUAGUGCUGAUGCAGGUGUACCUGAAGAGGCAAGCUCCUCAGGGUUAGGCAACGGGCCUUCUGUGGUGACAGAUGGAGACACUGCUGAGACCACCAUUAGCCAAUCAGACUCUGAGAACAAAGACCCAUCAUCUCUCUCACAGCCAGAGGAGGACUUAGUUCACCGCAAACGUGGACGACCCUCCAAAUGCUUCCUGCGCAAGAAGUACAAGAAGUAUAUAAAUCGGAAUCGGUACUACAAAUCUCUGAGACCCUUACAGCGGCCUCACAAUUGCUGGAUCUGUGGCUCUCGAUUCCUCACUCAAGAAGACCUGCGCUUCCACGUCAACUCUCACGAGGGCGACGACCCGGAGCUCUUUAAGUGCCGACAGUGCAGUUAUCGCUGUAAGCGCUGGUCCUCGCUCAAGGAACAUAUGUUCAAUCAUGAGGGAACCAAGCCCUUCAAGUGUGAGGAGUGCGAUUACUCAAGUGUGUACAGAAAAGAUGUCAUCCGUCACUCUGCAGUCCACAACAAAGAGAAGAAGAAAAAAACAGAGACGACGCCAAAGGUGUUAGAGUUCCCCUGUCCUGUGUGUACCCGAGUUUACCCCAUGCAGAAGAGGCUGACGCAGCACAUGAAGACCCACAGUUCAGAGAAACCACACAUGUGUGAUAAGUGUGGAAAAUCCUUCAAAAAGCGCUACACAUUUAAAGUUCAUCUGCUGACGCAUAUUCAGAGUCUCGGAGACAGCAAGUUCAAGUGUGAGUUUUGUGACUACACUUGUGACAACAAGAAGCUACUGCUCAACCAUCAACUGUCCCACACCAACGACAGGCCCUUCAAGUGUGACUACUGCAAAUACUCCACCUCUAAAGAGGAGUUCCUGGUCUCACAUCUUGCCAUCAAACACACAGGCGAGAAGCCGUUCUCCUGUGAUAUGUGUCACUUCAUGACCAAGCACCGAAAGAACCUCCGUCUCCAUGUCCAGUGUCGCCAUCCUGAGGCGUUUGAGGAGUGGUCACAGGCUCACCCUGAAGAACCUGCCAGGAGACUACGCCGACCUUUCUUCAACCUGCAGCAGAUAGAGGAGCUGAAACAACAGGACUUACAGAACACUAUCGUUGCAGUAGAUUCUGCAACACUACAAGCCAUGCAGGGAGUGGAAAACGCCUCCGUGUCCCAGGAUGCACUAGGAAACACAACCAUCAUCUAUGAACAAUCUGAAUCCAGUGAACUGUCGGCCCAGAAUGCACUGGAUUUACUGCUGAACAUGAGCAAUGCACGUGACUUGGUUGGCAGCUCCUUACAGGUGGCAGUGCUGAAGUCGGAGGGCAAAGCUUUGGAAAACACCACGUGGAGUGCGGUGACAACACCGGGCCAAGGCCAAAAGAUAAUGACGUUCCAUGUGUCGGAGAGCGGCGAGACAGUUCUGCAGGAGGCCUACGAGACUGCGACCUCUGAAAAUGGAGAGCUCACUCAGAUCGCCAUUGAAGCCUACGAAGGCAGUGGGGACUUCAGUGUGGUGGAGCAGGCUGCUGAAGAAGUCCAUGAAACUGCAUACAGUACUGAGGAGAGCAGUCCCUCCCAGACUUUAGAAGUCUCUGGAUCAGAGAGCAUCAAAAGUGAAAAGUACUUCCUCACUUCAGCACUGCCUGAUGGGGUUUUGCAACAAGUGGAGCUGAGCAGUGAAGCUCCAGCGUCUCCCUCUGCAGUGAACUCUCCCAGUCUCAGCACAAAGAGGUUUUCCUGUCGAAUCUGCAUGGAGUCUUUCCAAGGACGCUCUGACAUGGAGAACCACAAGAGGGCGCACAUAGAUCCCAAUACCUUCAAGUGUCCAGACUGUGACUACACCUCCACCUCUUGGCCAGAAGUGCAAACUCACAUGAAGAUGCAUGCUUACCUGCGCCCACACAAGUGUCCAAGUUGCAGCUUUGCCUCCAAGAACAAGAAGGAUCUGCGUCGUCACAUGAUGACCCACACCAACGAGAAACCCUUUUCUUGUAAACUUUGUGGACAAAGGUUUAAUCGCAACGGUCACCUAAAGUUUCACAUGGAGCGUCUCCACAAUCAGGAAAAUCCAACCCGCAAGCGAACUGCAACUGCUGCACAGACCAUCAUAGUCAACAGUGAUGAGGAGGCUCUGGCCACACUGCAGUCCCUGCAGACACAUCAGACCAUCACUCCAGAAAGGUUACAGGCUUUGGGACAGGAACACAUCAUUGUAGCUCAAGAACAGGCUCUGUCAGACCAGGAGGAGGGAACAUAC